GCGGACAGGUAAUACGAGUCACUAAGGCUCAUUGACUCACAAACUGUGCUGGCUUGCGCGUGCGCACGAGUGCUAGUUUCAUACUGAUUUCACAUUAAUUAGAACCAUGUCGUCUCCAGUCCUGGUGAAGGAGAUCCCCCUAGAGAAGGAGUACAAGAAGGCGACCCUUAUCACCCCCGCUGACAUCAGCAAGCUCAGACAGUGGCUCGACACGCAGCCGCAUCUGCCUGCCGAUCUAAUUACUGAGUUGGAACUGAUCUUAACGUACCACUGCUGCGAGCGCAGCGCCGAAGUAUCCAAACAAGUGUUGGACCUCCACUUCACGUUGAAGACACUCUUCACCAGCUUCUUCAAGGACCGCGCCGUUGAUGCCACUGUCCUUAACGCGGCAAAUACUGUGUUGGCAUUGCCGUUAGACAUGCGCACAGCAGAGGGCUAUGCCGCUUUCUACGCCAGACUCCUGGACACGGAUGUCAAGAAGUUUAUCUUUUCCGAUUCCCUCAGAAUGGUGCUCAUGUUGCUAGACCUGUGGCAUCUAGAGGAUGGCACGUGGCCGGGACUGGUCAUCGUUAUCGACCUGGAUGGGCUCACGCUCGGACACCUGGCGCGCCUGGAGCUGCUCGCCGUGCAGCAGUUCCUAUACUACUUGCAGGAAGCGAUGCUGGUGAAACUCAAAAGCGUGCACUUCUUAAACGCGCCCCCGUUCAUGGACAAGCUGAUGAUGAUCCUGCGGCCGUUCAUGAAGAAGAAACUGAUGGACAUGAUCAACAUCCACCAGGUCGGAGCCACUACCAUCGAGAAGUUCGUGCCGAGGGAAGCCAUGCCAAAAGACAUCGGGGGAGAGUUCAAGACAUUCCAGCAGGCUAAAGAUGACAUAAUAACAAGACUAAAAUUGAAUGCGGACUUCUUCGCUAUAGAGAACAAGAAGCGAGUGACGGAGUCCUUAAGGCCGGGCAAGCCGAAGACCAUCACCGACAUCUUCGGAGGGAUCGAGGGGUCCUUCAAGAAACUGGAUAUUGAUUGAUAUUGAGGGUUAUAGAAGGAUUAGAGGGAGUUACUGUGAAAAAUGUUAGUUGCUCAUUAAGUAUAAUUUGUGUGAAUCAGCUAUACAGAGUGUUAGUGACAUCGUAACGAAA